ACUUAAGUUCAGUUGUUUCAAUAUUUUUUCAUUCAUUCAUAAAGUCUUCAAGCAAGAGGUUUCUUCACAAAACGCACCAUGAUUCUAACGAGACAAAGUUUGCAACAACUUGCCAGGGGCAUGAGUAAACAAUUGAAUAACAGCAAAGGAUUUGCCAGACCUUUAAGUGCUAGUGUUAAAGAAGGUGAUCAAUUGGUUUUGAUAAAAGAUUCCAAGGAUUCAGUGAAAUCCACUUUACAAUUUCCCGGUGUUUGGUUGCGUGACAAUUGUUUGUGUGAUAAGUGUUUUCAUAGGGACUCUUUGAGUCGUAAACCUUUGCGUUGGAAUAAUUUCGAUUGUGAUGUUAAAGUGGAGAAAAUUAAUGUGAAUGAGCAUAGCAAGGAGGUAAAUAUAUAUUGGUCAGAUAAUCAUCAAUCUACUUUUAGCCUGGAUUGGCUUAAGGAGCGCAGUUUCAAUAAAGAACGUCAAGAUAACUAUAUCGAUAGCUGGUAUCGCCCUAAGCCAAAACCCUGGAGUAAAGAAGACUUCCCAAAAAUUUUGAAAAAAUUCCAAUAUAAAGAUAUUAUGGAAAAUGAUGAAGCUCUUAAGGAAUGGUUGGAAACUUUGGCUGUACAGGGUGUUAGCAUGCUAAAAAAUUCCCCUCUGGAUAUUGGUGUUGUCAAGACCAUUUGCAAUCGUGUCGGUUUCAUUAGAAAAACUACUUAUGGGUAA